CACAACACACACAUACACACACUUGGAGCCUGGGAGUUAAUGCCAUACCAGCCGAACCCUCGGGGCAGGAGUCAUGGAGUUAUCCGAACAGCACCCUCUCCCAUGGAUCAGGUGCACACCAUGCAGACUGGGAUGUACGGGAAUAUAGUUCAUUGUUGUUUCUCAUCAUCAUAAGCCCGUUUGAGGCUGGAGUUUGCCUAUCGGAGGAGAAGCAACAAAGGAGAGAGAGAGUUAGAGAGAGAGUGAGAGAAAGAGAGGAGUGCCGGUUGGAGUGGAGGAGGGGGGCGUAGCGAUGGGAAGGAGAGUGGGACAUUGUUUCCCCGUGACUGUGGGCAACGGAGAAGCAUGGGUUAUCUGAGCUGGUGUAUGUGUGUGUGUGUGUGUGUGUGUAUAGGCAAGGGGUUGUUUGAAUGAAGGGGUGUGUAAACAUACAUGGUUGAGAUUGUGUGUGUGUGUAUGUGUGUUUGUGUUGGGAGUUUGCUCCAAGGAAGAAAAAAAGCUACCCAAAAAGAUGCUCAAACCGGACUGGGGGAUUAUUCUCUUCUUUCUCCUUUUUCUCGCGUCAUCUUCUCCUUCUUUGAAACGAUGAAUGAAGAGCCGCUGGAUUUUUUCCGUUAGCCAUUUGUUCUCUCCUCUAUUCUCAGGGGGCAGCAGAUGCAUUGUUUGCAUGCAUGGCCCAGGAGCCUCCCCUAGCCUCUCACCUUGCUAGCCAGUGGGCUAAAGGAUCAUGGGUAACCUCAUCAGCAGGCCCAGUUGCCUGGGCAACAAAUCCAAGCACGUGCGCACAGACGAGGACUUCCUGAAGGAGUGCUACCAGAGACGGCGCGAAUGGCCACUGCCCGAGCCUCCGCGCCAUGAGGAGGAGGAGGGGAAGAAGCGGGAGGACGCGGCGCCCAGCCCGACCCUGGAGAAGCCCCGGAGCUCACCGGCACCCACGGUCACCACCACCAGCACUCUGGACAAUGCCUGGCGCAGCACACCCUCGCCGGUCAAAACCCCCCGCAACGGGUCCUUGGCCCGCAGGACUAACCCCCCAGAGUUCAGGCACUCCCCACUGGGGCAUUACGACCGGGGGACGCUGGAGAGGCAGUCCCCGCUGGGACACUACGACAAGGGGACAACUCUGGAGAGGCGGACCAGCCUCCAGAGACGGGACUCCGGAAGUCCCUGGUCGUGGAGAACACCGAACAGACCGGAAGUCACCGAGGUGACUGAGGUGACGGAGACCAUUGUGACGGAGAUUGUGGAGGUGACGGAGUAUCCGGCAGCAGGGAAGGGCGGUGACCCCGUUGUCACCAGGACAGUGAGGGUCCUCACGGGAGCGGCUGAGGAACUAGCAGAGCUUCAAAGUGAUGGCCAGUCAAGUUCAGACCAAGACUCCAGUCUGGACAGAUGGAAGGGUGCCAGAUCCGCCUUGACUCUGAGAGAUGAGUUUGGGGAUCCGGAGACCUUUCAGCAGAACCUGGAUGCCCUUCUUACAUGGGUGUCUGAGAUCGAAGAGCUCACAGCCAAUCAGAAACCUCCAUCCUCUGAGUUUAAGGUGGUGAAAGCACAGCUCCAGGAACAGAAGCUCCUGCAGCGCCUCCUAGAGGACAGGAAGCCCAGCAUGGAUACGAUGAUGUCGGAAGGCCCGCUCCUGGCCGAGGGCCUUGAGGGAGAAGACGGGGAGAAAACCAGACAGAAACUCUCCAGCCUGCAGCUCAAAUGGGAUGCCUUGCGUCUGGGUGCCGAGAACAGGCGGGCGAGUCUGGAGCUCAUCCUGCCCAGAGCCCAGCUGUUCCAGGAGAGCAGUGACCAGCUGCAGGUAUGGCUGAUAUCGGUGGAGCAGGACCUGGCCGAGCUGCGCACCGCCGAGAGAGGGAUGCUCCAUCUGCAGGAGGCCACAGAGCAGGCCAAGGCUGUACAGGAUCAAAUCAAGUCCAAAAAUGUUGAUUUGUUGAAUCUGCAACAGAAUAGCCAUGAUCUUAUGGAGAGGGUUUCAGACGAGGAGUCCCAGCUGGUGCAGGAGCGCGUGGACGGCCUGAGGAUCCGCUACUCGGUGCUGAGUCUGAGCAGCGUGGACGUGCUGCAGAGGCUGGAGCAGGCCCUGGAGGCCUCCAGCCGCUGCACCUCCAGCCAGGAGGACCUCCACCUGUGGCUGGGCCGCAUCGAGAGGGAGCUGCUGGGGGCCGGCAGCCAGGCUGCUCUGGGGGCCGGAGACGCAGCGCUGUGUGCUGCCGAGAGACAGAGGUUGGAGCAGGCUGUAGAGAAGGAGAUGGCCUGGUUUAGGGACACUGCCCGGGCCUUGGAGGAUCUAAAGGCCAUUACCCUGGACUCAGACCUCAUCUCCUCUCAGCUCUACGAGCAAAAGAUCCUCUCAGUGGAAAUCCUGCAGCAUAGGUUCAACAUCGAAAAGAUGAUGAAGAUCUCUGAAAUCCUACGAACCUACGGUGAAGAGGGGGAGACAGAGGGUCUCCAGGUGCAGCUGGACGCCCUGCAGGAGCAGUGCCACGUCACCUCGGCCACCAGCUCCCACGUGGUGCUGCAGUUGGAGCACGCUCAGUCCCUCCUCGCCCAGUUUGCUGAGGGCCACGCCGAGGUGUUGCCAUGGCUACGGGAAACCAAAGCCCUGGCCGACCAGCUCUCGCUGAGCACCAUCAGCUACGAAGCUUUCAGGGAACAACAGGACCUCUUACAGGGCCUAAGGGAGUCCAUUGCGGAGCAUAAGCCUGUGAUAGCACGGCUGGGGAUGCUGGCCAAGCGUCUGUCGGACCUGAACCCGGCCCAGGGCGAGGACCACUGCCGGCGAGCCAAAGAGGCUGAGGAGCAGCACCAGGCCAUCAGGGAGCGGGUCAGAGAGGCGGCCAGUCUGCUGGAGGAGUCGCUGCCUCGCUUCACACAGCUGAACGAGCGGAUGACGGUGAUCGGGGAGAGCCUGGAGCGCCUGCGCAGCCGCAUGCAGUCGGCGGCCGCGCUGCAGGGCCUGACGCCGCGCAUCCGCGAGCAGCUGCAGGAUAACAAGCAGACGCUGGCCGAGCUGUCCAAACUCGAGCUGGGCCUGGGCAGUGUGAGGAGUCAGGCGGACGAGCUGCUGGCCAACACGCAGGCGGCAGGACAUGGCUCCAUCGGCACAGCAAUCCAGGAGAGAGUGUCCGGUCUGUCGCAGCUAUGGCAGGAAGCCCAAACCCAGGCUCAGGAGAGGGAGCGCUGGCUCCUCAACCUCCUGGACCUCGCCGUGAAGUUCUGGAACGACGUGAGUGACGUCACGAUCGGCCUGAACGAUGCCCAGCAGGCAGUGCUGGACCUGAACGCCAGCAGGUCAGAUUCAGAGACGAUAAGGCAAAGCCUGGAGACCAUGCAGACACUCCGAGAGGACAUUGACGGCCUGCAGGGAGAUCUUGACACCCUUGGCAUACUUGGAAUGGAGCUGAUGUCGGCUUGUGGGGACACGGAUAAGCCCGAUGUUACAAAGAGCUUGGAUGAGCUGUACAGCGUAUGGAACAACCUGAGUAAGAUCUGGACUGAGUGCCACAGCAAGCUGGAGGAAUCACUACAUAUGGCUUUACAUUACCAGGACACCAUGCAGGGGCUGUUUGAGUGGCUUAAGUCUGCAGAGCUGAGGUCUACAGAGGAGUUUCUGGUGGGAUCUGACCUGGGAUCAGUGAAAGACCAGCUUUGUGAUUUGAAGGAAUUCAAACGGGAGCUCUACCAGAAGAAGAUUGAGAUUGAGAGUCUGAACCAUCGUUUUGUAUGCCGCCUGUCUCCGGGCUCUGAGCGACCAGGGUCGGUCUCACCACUGUGUGACUUCCGUCAGCGCUGGGACAGCCUUGAGUCUGAGACCGUGAGCCGACAGCACCAGCUGGAGUGUGCCUUGCUGGGUCUGGGUCAGUUCCAGAACACGCUGGACGAGCUCCACUCCUGGCUGUCUCGCACCGCCGAGCAGCUGCAAGGCCCCCGGCCCUUCAGUAUAGACCUGCAGACCUGUGAGAUCGAGCUGGCCAAGCACAAGGUGCUGCGGAAUGACGUGAUGUCCCACGUACACACGGUGGAGCAGCUGAACCAGGCUGGCCGAGGUCUGCUGGAGGCCGGCUCAGGGGACAGUCCCCACGGCCUGCAGCCUCGUCUGGAGGGCCUGAACGAGCGCUGGGAGUUUGUGCGCUGCGAGACCGAGCGCCGGCAGCUGGAGCUGGAGAACAACCUCAGCCAGGUCCAAGAUGUUACCAUGGAGAUCCAGGACCUGCUGCAGUGGCUGGAGAAUACGGAUCUGAGGUUAUCCUCCAGUAAGAUGGUGUGGGGAAUGCCAGAUUCAGCCAAUGAGAGGCUCAAUGCACAUAUGGAGCUGUGUACUGAGAUGGAGUCUAAGAUGCAUGCCUACACAAAUGUGAGGAAUGCUAUCCACAGGAUGUUGGAAGCGAGCGAUGUGGCCCGAGGUUCAAGCACAGAGCACAGUGUGUGCAUCCUAGAGCAGAAAUGGAACACUGUGUAUGCGAAAAUGCAAGAACGCAAGGCUAAGUUAACAGAGGGACUGAGUUUGGCUAAAGAGUUCAACAGUAAUGUGCAAGACCUGCUGAACAAAAUGGCCAAGUGUGAGGACUCUAUUGGAUAUUUAUCAUCUCCGAGCUUUGUCCUGGACACCAUCUGUGGCCAGCUUCUGGAUCAUAAGGUGCUGGUGAGCGAGGUGCACUCAUAUGGAGAGAGGAAGACAGCCAUGGAGAACGCGGCGUCCAAGCUCACUGAGCUCAGUAGGAAGGAGGACUGUGAUGUGGUGCAGAACCUGAUCAUGACGGUGCAGGACCGCUAUAGGAAGCUGCACCAGCGCACUAUGGAGAGGGGCAAGAUGCUAGAGGAGGUCAAGAAGCAGGCCAAACAGUUUAAUGAGUCAUGGCACCUCCUGCUGGACUGGAUGACGGAGGUGGAGCAGACUCUGGACACUCAUAAGGAGAUCGCCGUGUCCCAUGAGGAAAUCAAGGAGCAGCUCACACAGCAAAAGGAAUUCCAGAAGCUUCUGAGAUCUAAACGGCCUAUGUAUGAGGCCACUCUGAAGAAUGGACGGGCCCUACUGGAGAAAUCUGUGACCGUAAAGGACAGGCAGCCCUUGGAGAAUAUGGUGUCUGAGCUCCGAGACUCGUGGGAUACCAUCACUGGGAAGUCCAUGGAGAGACAGCACAAGUUGGAGGAGGCUCUGCUGUUUUCAGGGAGGUUCAGUGAUGCCCUGCAGGCUCUGAAUGACUGGCUGUACCGGGCAGAGCCACAGCUUUCGGAAGAUGUGCCAGUCAGGGGAGAGAAAGACAUGGUCAAUAAUUUAAUCGACAAGCACAAGGUGUUCCAGAAGGAGCUGGGCAAGCGCGCAGGGUGCAUCAGGACCCUGAAGCGUUCGGUGCGGGACCUGACGCGGGGCAGCACGGCCGACUCCCACUGGCUGCAGGAGCAGAUGGAGGAGCUGGAGGUCCGCUGGGAGGCCGUGUGUAAACUGUCCGUCUCCAAACAGGCCCGGCUGGAGGAGGCUCUCAGACAGGCAGAAGAGUUUGAUACCAAAGUCCACUCUUUCCUGGACCAGCUAGCGGAUGUGGAGAGGGCCCUCAAAUACGGAGUGAUCCCUGAGGAAGAGGAUGCUCUCCUGGAGUUCUGUAAACAACACAGGGAGUCCAUGAGUUCUCUGAGCUGCCAGGAGAUGGAGCUAGAGUGCAUCCGUACUCUGGGAGAAGAGAUUCUAUCCUCCUGUCACGCUGACUCUGUCAUCACCAUCAAGUCCUGGAUCAGCGUCACCAAGACACGCUUUGAGGAGGUCCAGUCAUGGGCCCAGCAGCAGGGAGAGAGGAUCCAGGGUGCCCUGUCCACCGUGGAGGCCGAGCGAGAGGAGGUGCAGAGACUGCUGGACUGGAUCAACUCCGCUGAGGAGUCUCUCCACCUGCGGGACCAAGAGCCUCUGCCUGAGGACAUGGAGCAGAUGGAGGAGCUCAUCACUCAACAUGCGGUGUUCAUGGAGGAGUUGAAUCGUAAGGCACCCGAGGUUGAGAACGCCACAAGGUCCUGCAAACAGAAGCACAUUCCUAAACAGCAGGCCUCCCCCAGUCGCAAGACGCCAACCAGGAAAAGAGGUGCCCUGAAACCGCAGCCCUCCAUCACACUGCCAUUGGAGAACCUGGAGCCCCACACCCCUCAUCUCUGUCAGCUGGUCAGCUGCUGGCGACAGCUCUGGCUACUCGCCCACACCAGACAAAACAAGCUGGACGAACACCAGCAGAGACUCAGAGAGUUGGAGGAGUUUGCCAACUUUGACUUUAGUAUGUGGCGCAAGCGCUAUAUUCAGUGGAUCAGCCACAUGAAGUCGCGUAUCCUGGACGUCUUCCGUGGUAUUGACAGGGAUCAGGAUGGCAGAAUCAGCCAGAAGGAGUUCAUCGACAGUGUUCUCGCCUCCAAAUUCCCCACCAAUGUACUGGAAAUGAAUGCCGUUGCCAACAUCUUUGAUCUCAACAACGAUGGGUACAUCGACUACUAUGAGUUUGUGAGCGCUCUUCACCCAAGCAGAGAUCCAUACAGGCGGCCAUUCGAUGUAGACCAGAUAAACGAAGAGGUGAGCAGACAGGUGUCUCAGUGUAACUGCCCGAAGAGGUUCCAAGUGGAGCAAAUAAGUGCCAAUCGUUACAGGUUUGGAGACUCUCAGCAGUUGCGUAUGGUACGUAUUCUGCGCAGCACCCUCAUGGUUCGUGUUGGUGGAGGCUGGACAGCUCUAGAUGAAUUCCUCGUAAAGAAUGACCCUUGCAGAGUGAAAGGGCGGACCAACCUGAAGAUCAAGGAGAAGUAUCUGUCCCCGGACUCGUUUGACACGUCAGGCCACAGACAGGGCUCUAAAGGGCUAACGGUGAGCCGCUCCAACUCCAGCCUCAGCCUCUACAGCAGUGCCUCAGCCCCCACCAGCCCCCUCACACGCAAGACUCUGCUGCGGAGGAGUUUCUCUGGCGACCGCUGCGUCCGACCCAGGAGCUCCAUCGCGGCUCUGGGAACAGAGAUGUCAUUCCCCUCUGCAGGGGAUGAUGACUCACUCUCACCCUCAGAUGAAGCUGAGAGACCUCCAACAUGAGGCCCUCUAACCCCACCCCAACCAUUACCACCACAGUGACCAAGAGGCCAUGCCACAGAGCACUGCCUCAGUACCUGGGGCCACUACACAAGACGCAAGGGAGACCAAAAGGGAAAAGGCCUGAAUGACCUAUGACCCUGACAGAGCCAACAGAUUUCCCCCCCUAAAGCUCACUGUUAACCUCAACCUCCCGUAUCCCACCACAUGAUGCAGAUUUCUACCGAGAAGCCAGGCAGUGGACCACACAUUGAGUCACUGCUUCUCAUUUCUGCAAUUUUUUUUUGUUUUCUUUUCUCGUCUGUGGGCCUGGCCUGAUGUUCACCAACAUCUGGCUAGGGUUUUUAUUUGAACUGGAAAUAACAGAAUUACCCUCUCUCCCUCCCGUCAGCCGUGGAUGUGACGCUCCAGUCUUGGUCUCCUGCAGGGGCUACACAGUAUCCUGGAAUUGUGAAAUGCGUCAUUAGUGGAAUGUAUUGCAUGGGGUCCUUGUCGCAUGUUGCUUCGGGUCAAAACCACACUGUAGAUUAUGUAGCGUGAUUCUGAUAUCAGAUCUGUGUUGUGGACAGCCAUGGUUUCCCCCUCAGUGGUCCUGUGGUGAGGCAAAAUAUUUUGAUGAAUUCAACAUAUCUUCUCAAAGACACUCAAAACUCUGUCCUCCCUGUGGUUUUUAUAAACACCGCGGGUUACUCAAGCUUCUCUGUGUGUGUGUGUGUGUGUGUGUGUUUGUGUGUGUGUGUGUGAGUGUGUUUAUCUAUGUGUGUGUGUCUGCCUGUAUGUGCACAAGUGAUACAACUGGAAAUAUGAUGUGCUCACUUUCAUUCCCUUUUGAGUAGAAGAGUUCAUGAGCUAUGACAAAUUGGUGGUAAUGCUCAGAGACUAAACUGAAUGAUGCCCUGUGAGCAUUGCUACACUGAUGUCCUUUGUAAUUAAUGUUUAUAGCAGUUUUGAUGUUGACGGUGAAAGUGAUUCUUAUGGUUGGAGUUGAUCUGUACUCUUUUGUAGAACUUCCUCAGGUUUGUUGAUGUCCUCUCAUCUUUUUGUUCUUGGGACCUUGGAAGGCUUAGAAAACACACU